AUGUUGGCAUGCGAAGACUGGCUCACUGCCGACGUCCUCACCAACGAGGCGCUGCACUGCCUGGUUCAAGAGAAACAGUCGACGAAGAAGGAGCAAGCCGCUCUGUGCAGUUUGAACUGGAGAGUGCUGGUGGCCGAUAUCCUGGUGAUGGAGCGAAGGCAGGGCUGGUACCAUCAGCAGAAUUCCAGGCUGAAGGACAUCAUUCGAAGCGUGUCUGGUUUGCGAAGCAAGCGGACAUCAAGCUCAUCAUUGGAGGUGGUUGGGACAGAGCUAGACGAUUCGCAAAUAGAGGAACAGGAUGAAGAUGGCAUUGAGCCAUGUGAUGAGGAACGACCAUCAGAGGAGCCGACAACUUCGACAUCUGGAUCAGUUCCAACCCAAACCCCAUCUACAAUGAGCCCUGGCCACGAACCAGCAGAUGGGGCAGAAGUGGCUGAAAGUCAGGAGGAGGAUGGGAGUGAUCCUGCUGACCCAGAGGUCGUAGAGAUCACAUGCCCAAAGGAGGCAGAGGUUGAGGAAGAAGAGGAGGAAGAAGAGGCAGAGGAGGAAGAAAAGGCAGAAGUGUGCCCCGAGCCUGGAGCUGCAGACUAUGUCGAGGAGGAACGAGAAGAAGUGGAAGAAGCAAAUGAGGAAGAAGAACAAGUAGAGGAUCUGGAGGAAGAUGCUGGAGAGGAGCUGGGUGAAGAAGGAUGCGCCGAGGGCGGACAGGAAGAGGAGGAAUUAGAGGAAGAUCCUCUGAUGGAUGAAGAUGGUGCUCCUGAGGAAGUGGUGGAGCAGGAGAGUCAGCAGGAGCAUGAAGACGAAGACAUGGAGUGCGAAGGUGAAGAAGUGCUCGACGCCGAGGGCUCUUCCGGUGAAGUGGAGGAUGCUAACAUGAAGAGGCCUGAAGAUCAACAUGUAUCUGGCCAGAAGGAGGAUGAAGGUGCUGAGGCGAGUGAUGAAGAGUACGUUGCAAAGAACAAGAAAAAGGUUGUGAAAGGUGCAUUCAAGGAUCGCAAGCCGCUGCUCAACGAGAUUCCAGAGGCGCCAAAGGAGGCAACUGCAAUUUGUGAACAAGUUCUUAGCAGCCUCCAACUGGAGGAUAAGGACGCAGAUGAAAACAUUGUAAAGGCACCUGUAGCAGAGACCCAGCAGCCAAAGCGCGCGCGUGUCAAGUGCAAGCACGCCAAGCCAUCAGAACUUGCCGAUCUCACAGAAGGGUGGACUUUGGCCCGCCUCUUUGCUGGAUGGGUCGCGCAUGAAGAGAUUGCUGAGAGCCUGAAGCCGAAGAUUGGCUUCCUCUACCGCUUUCUGUCCCAAAGGAGUGGAGGAAAACACCUUCGCAGUACCCAGGCCUACCCUAAGGACUUUGCGAAAAAGGUCGCCAAGCUCCACAUCAAAGUGAAGGGGCAAGUGAAGGAUGCACCUUACGGAUGGAAGCACGGCAGCUUGGGAGAGGUGGAGCGUUUCAUUAAUGAUCGGAUCAAGGAUGGAAAAAAAGAUGAUGAAAUCGCUGACUUGCUGGAAGACUGGUUUGCUUGUGCUGGUGAUUGGGCUCAUUCCCGGACUUUUCAGCGACUGACCAAUCGCAAGAAGAGACGUCACAGAGUGAAGUAUGCCUACAAGACCAAGCUUCAGCUGAUGGACAUGCAGGAACACUUGGUGCAUGCAUUGGUGCAAGACAUGAACGCCCCGCUGGACCUCAUCAAGCAAGGCCGCGAGAAUCUGGAUUCUGCAAGUACAGACCAUGAGGUGGAGGGCUUGCUCACUCAGAUCCGGGAGACCAUCAACGACUACAAGGAAAUUCUGAAGACCGUGAAGAAACAUGUACAAUUGAAGAUGAGCCCAUAUGCGCGCACCUCGAAGAUAAGGAGUCCAACGCCCAACCGCUUCCACACCUUCGGAAGCUGUCGAAGAUUGCCGCUGGAGUAA